CACGUGGUAUGAUUCAUGGAAAGUUCCUGGAAAUCGGCCUUUCGUAUGUAUCAACUGUUUGUUCUGGACGGAGCCAAGUCGUUUCAAAACGCAUAUACACGAGCGAGCCAAUUGGAACAGACUGUACCUGCAUCGUGUAAAAAGACUCUGGCAUUGUCGCUGCUUUCUAAAGAUACAUACAGCCUGCAGUUAACAUUUUAUUGUAACAUUUAGGACGGUACAUAUCAUCGUGGAUAUUUGGCUUCCUGUAUAUUUGGCUCAGUGAAAUCCUGGAAAUCGAUCUCUAAAUAUAUGGGGGUUAGCUUAAAGGAGCAGGACUUUGUAAGCUAAUUAGCUUGCUAGCUAUCCUAGACAUGUCGUUUUACAAGUUUAUAGGUGGCAUGUAACUUGUAUAGCUGUAUCAACACACGCGUUCUACCCUAUAUUGUUAUAAUAGUUAAUUUGGCUACUUCUAUAACUAACGAGCGCUUGGCUACACCGUCCAAGAAGGUGGCAAUGCGGUUGUCAUGUUCGUGUUCUAUACUAAGCUUUAACUACGGGCAAUGGCUGUUUGAUUCGAUUGCGUUCAUUUCCGAUCCCAGCAUGGUUCGAAGUCAGCGCCUAUAAUCUGACGUUAAUAUGAAUUAUUUCAGUUAUUUUAAAUAGAUUUUUUAAUAUUACACUAAGUUCUCUCAGGUAAGUAACCUUAACCUGUUGCCACUCAUUUAUAAGCUUGUGUUCACCGUGAAGUUCUUUUUUUUAUUUUUUAUAAAUGUUUGUCAACUUGUUAUCCGUUUAUAAAUGGCUGACGAUGUGUAGCCCAGAGGUGCCCAAUCUUAUCCGAAAAGGUAACUUAUGGUGUGGGUGCAGGUUUUUGUUUUAGCCCAACACUAAGACCGUUGGUAGACCACGGGUGUUAAAUAAUUGAAUCGAGUGUUUCGAUAGUACUGGGCUAAAGCAAAAACCUGCACCCACACCGGCCCCUUCGAAUAAGAUUGGACAGCUCUAGUGUAGCCCAAUAAAAGGUUUGGAUUUCGCAAAAGUCAGCUAGCUAAAUAGAGCUACCCUUUUCGUUAUUGAAUUGAAUUACACGAUUUUAAUUGAUCUUAUCUGUAUUUUAUAGCACAACUGGUGAACUUUCAGUUGGCUAUCAAUGGCUAGUUGAGUAAAAUCAACAAGAUGAUCAUAGUCUGAUAAUAGUAGCCUACUUUCCUGCGCUGCAAAAGUUUCAGCUUCGUUCAAUGCGCCGUUUCGACUGUUUUCACGUAGACUAUACCGACCUGCGUUGUGUAUAUAGCUAACAACUCGUUCGUAAUUCUUGUUCUGUGAUGCUAUAGUGUCAAGGUUUAAUGGCUACAGUAGUCUGUUGGUGACAGCUACUGCCGUAACCGAAUAAAUGCAUUCGAACGUUAGUUUACGGAUAGCUUUACAGGUUCAUGAAGUCAACGCUGAACAUUAAAAUUAAGCAUUGCUUUGUUUCAGGUGGAAAAGCGCUCACGCGUUCUUCGGUAAAAUUGUGGUGAACAUACAAAUUCUUUAAUUGCUACUGGAGUUGUGCUGUUUUUGCGCACGCCUCGACAAAAACCGCACCCCUCUUUGAAUGUAUACCUGCCUGCUCCUGGGACUUCUCAAAUGACCUGCCAUUCCUCCGACUCCGCUGAAACGAUCGAGAACGAGAGGGGAUCAGAGACCGAAUCUGGAGUGGUAGAUUCCGAUCAUAACAGAAUCGCUGCCGCGGUGAGGGAUCUGAAAAAGACAGGUUGGUACUGGGGCCGCCUGACGGCCAAUGAAGCCAAGCGGAUCCUCCAGAACACGCCCGAGGGCACGUUCCUGUUGCGGGACAGCUCCCAACGGGACUACCUCUUCACCAUCUCGGCCGUCACCUCCGCGGGCCCCACCAACCUGCGCAUCGAGUACCGAGACGGCCAGUUCAAGCUGGACUCGGUGCUGCUGAUGAACCCGCAGCUGAAGCGCUUCGACAGCGUGGUGCACCUGGUGGAACACUACGUCCUCCUGUCCCGGACCUUGGGCGGGGGCACCGCCGCCGCCAAGCCCUCCCCCUCCCCCUCCCCGUCCCCGUCCCCGUCCCCGGCCCCGCCCAACGGCGCCGUGCGGCUGCUCAUGACCACGCCCGUCUACGCGGCCGUGCCCUCCCUGCAGCACCUCUGCCGCGUGUCCAUCAACAGGGCCAGCGCGCGGGUGCGAGACCUGCCCCUGCCCGGCAGGCUCCGGGACUACCUGACGGAUUACGCGUACCACGUGUGACGGGUGCGUGAAGGUCGCGAGGCGCGGUCCUCCCCCACCCCCCACCCCCCCCAGACCCAAGGGACCGUAGUUGCAUGACAGACUGCCUCCCCUGUUGGGUAUGCCUGUGUGUGCACUGUGUUCCACACAAGAUGAGUGGGGGAAAAAAGCCCUGUCAUUUUUCCUGUUUUAUUUCCAUUUUAAAUGGUAAUUCUAUUCGGGUCAAUGUUUUUCCAGGCAGGUUUGAAAGUGGAUUUAUGAAAUUAACCAUGAGCAAUAUUCAGAGCCCCUCUUCCCUCUCUUCCCCCUGGCUGAUCUUGCUUGACAGACUUUAUUGAAAGAAUCCAGUAGUAGAAAAGGUGUGGCGUAGCAGUAAACUCCUGUCCAGCACUGUUCUGAUAAAAGGUCAUGACUUUUGCUCCCCCCCACACACACACACACACACUCUUUGUCCCCUGCUACUGUCAAGCACAACAGAUCUGGCAUUUAUUGUGAAUUAUUUUUAGCUUUUGGUAAAUAUUGGGCCUUAUGGUGUUAGCACUGAUUCACAGAGCAUAGGGAGUAACUUGGCUGGUUGAUUAUCUUGCCCAUUUUUCUAAACCGUUAUAUCCAAUGCAAUACUCUGAAUGCUAUACACAUGUAUAGACAUGAAAUUCUACACACUGCAGCUCUGUUUUAGAUGAACUACAUUGGAGUUCUUGCUCUGAUCCUCUCUAAAUGACCAAAUUCUAUGCUGUGCAUAAAAUAUCCACCGGGUGGCACCAUAGCCUUAAUUUAUGGGUCAUUGCAUAAUAUUUGGCUUUCUAAAAAGACAUGAAUUCAUGGUUAAGUUUAAAAAAUAUAUAUAUCUCUGUGGAUGUUGUAUGUAUUUAUUCAAAGAUCUUUGGGUCUUUUUUUUAAAAAGAAUUUUUUUUUUUAUAAGCCAAAUUAUAAUUAUUACUCCCACUUCUCUGAAAGUAAUUCCAUCCAUGUUGUAGCAUUGAGGAUUUUUUAAAUGUUUGCUGUCUCUAGACUGUUUUGCUUUACAUGGCUAACUGUCAUGCCAGGGCAGGUGCAAAUGACUGCAGUACAGUUAUGCCAGUUAUCCUGAAGAUGGAUGCAGCCUGUGAUCCCACCAACUGCCAAAAAAAUAAAUAAAUAAUAAUGGGUGAGAAAUGUCAAAUGUUAUAACUGGUAUCAUAUUUCUCUCUGGGGGGUUUUUUUUUGUUGUUUUUUUUACCCCCUGGUGAUUGGUGUUUAAUUGUUAGUUUCAGCUCUUGACAGAUAUGGAUCCUUGAUAUGAAAAUCACUUGACUGGAUCCCUUUUUUAAUUGACAGAAACUUUAUUCGGUGCAGCAGUCGAACAGAGAGUAACCAGAGCCUUGGCAAAGCUCGGUACGUGAGACCGUUUGACACUGCCUCUACCGAAUGCACUCGCCCAAGAAUAUUCUAGAGCUCUAGAACAUUCUAGAAUAUCUCUGGUUUAAAAUGGAAUGAUGAGCUGAAGGAUUUAGCUAGACAAGUUUAGAAAAUUACACAUUGGUCUCAUCUGAGUCAUAGUAACGUUGUAACAGACAUGCAAAUUAUUUGUGCAAAUAUGAUUAUUAUGCGCAAGAACAGAAUUGUCCUGAAAUUCUGGCAGUGUCUGGUUACAAUAUUCAGCACCAAUUAUACAAUAAGUUACAUUAUUAUAGCAUAAAGGCAGAAUACACUGCAAACAAUAUUACCUGUGAUUUUCUCACUGUACCUGGCAGUAAAAUAUUAACUGGUAUAAUAUAUAUUCAGUCUAUGAAAUUAGCUGACAUAUACCCCAUACCUAUACAUCAUUGAGUUUGGCAUUUUAAAAAUUUGUCACAAAAUCCUUAUGCAAAUUAACUUCUUUACGCCCAACUUCAUGCAAACACAGAAUUCCCACAACCCUACAGCAAUGUUCCUUAAGUUCUUCUGGGCAAUUGGUUCCUUCUGUUUAACUUCUGCUUCACCUUAAUUUCCCUACUUACUGCAUAAUCUAUAAUGAUCCAGCCCAUCACACCAUUUAAA